ACGGCCCCGCCCCUGGCGGAGCUUGGAUGCUCCCGUUGCCCUGGUACCCGGUGUGUAGCUCCCGUGCCCCGCCAGGAUUUUUAGGUCCAGUUCGGCUGCCGGCUCGCCCCUCCCGCCGUCAGUCACUUCUCAGAAGGACGCAGGGCGAGCCUCCCCGUGGUGAACGAGCACCUGUGGCGGUUGGCUCGAUGAGAGCCGUCCAAGGUGGCGGCUCCCGGGCAGGAAAUGGAGCUCUAAGGGGCCACCAAGACGGGGUCUCUCUGGCUUUGACCUUGUAUGACCUUCCUGCCCCUAGAGUGCCUGAGAUGAUAGGCAUGGACUUGUGUUUUUAAAUCCCAGGGUUUUAAAGGACACCCACUGAUCACUAAAACUGAAGUAUCAGAGGCCCUUGUAUACUCACACGUGGAGGCUUCGACUACAGUUCCUGGUUCAGAGCUGAGGAAGCAUGAGUCACUUACAAAACUUACUGUUAGAUACCCUACUAGGGACGAAGCAUGUGGACAGUGCGGCCCUCAUCAAACUCCAUGAAAGGAGCCUGUGUGUGACAUCACCAGGAUUUAGUGUAAUGCCAAGUGAUGUUCGCACACUUCUAAAUGGAUUUGCUAAAAACCCACUGAUAACCCGAAGGGAAGGGUUGUAUUUCAAGGAAAGGGAUUACAAAUGUGUCCGGGCAGAUGACUUUUCUCUUUAUGCUAAGAAUGAGAACACUGGUGUGGUGGUUGUGAAGACCCAUCUGUAUCUUCUGGUGGCCACUUACACGGCAGGCAUGUAUCCUAGUGUCUGUGUGGAAGCCACAGAGAAGCUGGUGUUCUGUCUGCACGUAUGCUUAUUGGCCAGAAGAGGACGCCAGAUCUCACUACAGAUGGUUGUGAGCCACCAUGUGGUUGCUGGGAAUUGAACUCUAGAAGAACCUCUAGAAGAACAGCCGGUGCUCUUAACCGCUGAGCCAUCUCUCCAGCCCUCACCCAUUCAUUCUUGCAGCAAAUAACUGUGGAGCCCAAUCAUGCAUGUGCCCCGCAGUAUCUCAGAUCAAAGCUGGAUAAGGCAUGCCCUCUGCCUCUUGUGACUCUGUAGAUGCCAUCCUACCUGCCAGAAAUGCAUUCCUGUUCUGUCCAUGCCCCCUCACAUUUGGUUAGUACAUUCCUCAUCAUCACUGAGAGUCCAAGUCAGAUCUGAUGUCUCUUCCACUGUGCUGUUUAUUUUAUGCACACUAACAUUGUUAUUCUCAUUAGAGCUCUUCAUUAAUCUGGAUUAGGAACCCAGAAGGCAACCAUGCCAUCUUCAUCAUCCUCCUAUCUAAUAUCUAACACAGUACCUGCUUUUGAGUAGGAAAUGACUAUAUGAUUGAUAAACAGAGACAUGAAUGACUUCUACCAAGCAGAAUCUGGGACAGUUCCAGUGGGCUAAUCUCCAAUGACUGUGUGAGAAAUUAAGUCCCAGAAAAGGAGGCUCAGUUUUAGUGGAGUAGGAGCAGAAACCAGACAGAGACCUAUAAUUUGAGCUAAUAUAUCUCACUAAAAUAUCCAUAAUGAAAGUAGGAAGCCAGGUCACUAGGCUGUCAAUAAACCAGUCUUUAUCCUAUUGGCUCAGAACCAAGGCUAAUUCCACAGAGAAGGCCAGAAAGUUCCCUGGCUUCACUGUAAUGAAGAUUCUCUGACCAUUCAUUCAUUCAUUCAUUUAUUCGUUUAUUUAUUUACUCAAGGCCACAAAAGACUCCAAAGAAUAACACAGGUGACACUACACCAGUUAGAACCCACUGUUGUAAGAAGGGUUGGCUGUGUUAGAAGUGUUUGGAUAGGGAUGGAUGGGCCAGGCUGUUACCCACCAGCUGCCUGCUGCCACUGACUUAAUUGUGUGUGAUUCCUCCAUCACUCUGGCGCUCGCUCCCUCUCUCUCUCUCUCUCUCUCUCUCUCUCUCUCUCUCUCUCUCUCUCACACACACACACACACACACACACACACACACUCUUUCUCUCUCUCUCUCUCUCAUACAGAGUUUCACUGUGUACCCCAGACUGGGCUCAAAUCUUCCUACUUUAGCCCACUAAAUUCUGGGAUUACAGGCAUGUGCUAUUAUGCCCCCAAAUUGUGUUUUUCUCUAUCAAAAAAAAUUAUGUGAUUAUUGUAGAAAAUUUGAAAAAUAAAGAAUCAGGAUGAUUAAUUUUUUUUAAUCCUCUGGGUAUAGUAACAUACACCUUUAUUUAAUCCCAGCAUUUAGAAGGAGUGGGCAGAUCUCUGUGAGCUCAAGGUCAGACUAAUCUAUAGAGCUAGUUUCAAGCCAGCCAGAGUCACAUGGUGAGACCCUUAUGGUGGUAUUUUAUUUGUACUGAAAUGUGAUUUUAUUUGUAUGUUAAUAAAUAAAGUUGCCUGGGGGUCAGAGCUAAUAGCAAGUCAUUAGAAGCUGGGCAGUGGUAGUGCACGCCUUUAAUCCCAACUCUUGGGAGGCAGAGCCAGGAGGAUCUCUGUGUGUUCAAGGAUACAGCCAGCAUGGAGACACACACCUUUAAUCUCAAUACCAACCAUAGAAGACCUGGAGGUCUGUACAGACAGGCAGUGACGAGGCGGUCAUGUGGUUGGGUUUACAACCAAUGAGAAGGCAGAACAGAAAGUAGUCUAUAUAAUGACAAACACACAGGAAGUAGCUCUCUUGGCUGAAGAGGCUAGCUGCAGCAGUGAAGGGUGAGGCUCUUAGCUCUGACCUCUUGGGCUUUCAUCUUUG